AUGACAAAUCGUGUUCACCACAGCUAUCAUGGUGCAAAAAGAAAAAAGACAACAAUAUGCAGUACUCAAUUUCUUGACCAUCUUUGUGUCUACGCUAAUGAUGGUAGAUCUCGCAUUGGUAUUAUUUUUCAUGGAAAGGAUGAAAAAUGGAUUUUUCUUGUCAG